UAUUCAGUGUCAUUUCUUCGUGAUAUGUAUGAAGUGGUGGCACAUGUCAGCAACCGCUAUCCUGCGGCAAAUUUAUAUGCAAUAGGCUGGUCUCUUGGAGCAAAUAUUCUUGUUCGCUGCUUGGGACAUGUAACUCAAUCAAUUCACUUUGAAUCUCAUUCUUGCCUUCUCUCAGGUGCUGUUUUCUUGAGCAAUCCUUUCAAUUUGAUCAUUGCAGAUGAAGAUUUCCAUAAGGGCUUUAACAAUGUUUAUGAUAAAGCAUUAGCAAAUUUUUUCCGCAAAAUUUUCCUAAAGCAUGCUCUACUGUUUGAAGAUGUGCAAGGUGAAUUUAAUAUAUCAUUAGCUGUCAAUACCAAAACUGUUGAUGAUGAACUGAGAUUCCAUUACAAAUGUAUGUACACCUCUUCUUUGUAUCCAAGAGACAGACAAUUUAUCUAGAAUAUUGCAAUGACGUAGUCAAAAGUCUCAUUGUGAUGUAAAGAGAAAUAUUCCAUCUCUUUGUGUCUCUCCUCAAAAAAAAAAGAAAGCAGGAUAAGCAAAAGUGAGAAGGGAGAAAAAAGAGAGGGCUAAAAGAAUAUAGAUCGAAGUAGUUCUGCAAUCAACUUAUCAGAAAGGUACUGUGCUUGUUGAUACUAUUAUCAUUCUCAUAGCCCAUUUUAUGUUGUUGAUAUUUUCUCAUUGUUUGUCGUGCAAUUCUGCCAAAGUAUUUUUCGCGCAGUUUCUUAUUGUUUGUUCAAAGUAUUUUCUUCAGUCUCCAGACUCGAUUUAUUCAUUAUAAUUUAUAUGGAUUAGUCAGGCGAAGCACUGGUAGUUUGUUAUAGUCUCAGUCUGCUAGAUAAUCAUAUUCGAGUUAAAUAUUCAAUUUUACUUUCUGAGAGCUUACAGCUCAAAGGAACAAUUUCAAGGACUGGCAAGUGGCAACAAAGUUACUCAGUCUCAUUUUUAUCUAUUGCAUCUCAAAAUUGGAUGUUGCCAUGUGUCUCAAGAGAAGAGCUAAAAUAAAUAUGUUUGGUGGUAUAUGGGAAGGUCAGUUAGGAUGGCUUUGUGACUUAUUGGUUUUUCUUAUGGAAAAGGAUCAAUUUGUUUAUUAGGCCUAAUUUAACUUGUGUGCUUCAAAAAGUAUACAAGAGACUAUUUUCACACAUGAUACAUUAGUUUGAGAACAAAAGAUGAAAGGUGGAUAAUUCAUCUUUAAGUGUGCUUUAGAAGGACUACCUAAUGACUGUGAUCCUCUAAAUUAAUAUGGAAUUAUGACCCCGUCUGGACAAAUCAAAUGAACCGUGGGUUCAGAACACAUAAAGUUCAAAUCCUGAAUCUUGUUCAAUUGCAUGAGUGCAUGCACAACUUAUUAAAUUUGCGCUUGAAGACAUACAUUGCAGCUAAUCUUUGUAUUGAAGACAUACAUUGCACCCGAGGACUGAUCCACAUGUGAUGGGAGUAUAUAUAUAGAACAUGAUAAAUCUUUUUUGGUACAUUUAUCAUUGAUAUUAACGUUGGAGAUUAAUGGUGCAAUCUAUUCAACUAUUAUAUUUAUUAAAAUAAUAUGAUACCUUAUGAAA